AUGCUUCAAACAAACCUCUAAUUCUCUUUGCCAAUGGAAACCAUUAAACCCAAAUCCGCCAUCAACAAUCGCAGCAACAAAUUAGCCAAGACAUUCCACAAGGUCAUCAGCUUCCGAGGUGCUGCGAAGAUCAUUUCUUCUUCCUCCUCCAGUAAUGGCCUCUGCUUGCUUUCCUCACAGCCCUUCGCCAUUAAAUCCCAUCAUUCUAAUGCCAAACACGAACGUGACAAAGCUCGAAUCAGAGCAAUCAUGGAGGCUCUCAUUGCCAGGCUCUUUGCUGGUGUUACCGCCAUUAAAGCUUCUUAUGCAGAGCUUCAAAUGGCUCAGAAACCCUACAAUAAUGAAGCCAUUCAAGCAGCUGAUCAGGCUGUGGUUGAUGAGCUCAGAGCUAUUUCGGAGCUGAAGAGGAAGUUUGUGAAGAAAGAGCUUGAUCUUUCGCCUCAGGUGACUCUUAUGCUCGCUGAGAUUCAGGAACAGCAGAGCUUGAUGAAGACCUAUGAACUCACCAUCAAGAAGCUCGAAUCAGAAGUUGAACUCAAAGAAUCUGAGAGUUCUUCGCUUAAGAAGCAGCUUGAUGAGUGUAUCAGCUUCAAUAAAUCGCUUGAAAAGAGGUUAAGUUCAAGCGGGCCAUUCUCAAUGUUCGAUAAUCUUCAACUUUCCAAGUUAAAUCCGACUCAUUUUGUUCAGUUUCUUGAGCAUACCUUGAGAGCGAUUAAGAGCUUCGUGAAGUUGAUGAUCAGAGAAAUGGAAUCUGCUCAUUGGGAUCUUCAAGCAGCCGUGAAAUUCAUUCACCCACAUGCAGUAUUUGCCAAACCGAGUCACAUAUACUUUGCAUUUGAAUCAUUCGUAUGUUUAACAAUUUUCGAAGGUUUCAAUUUCCAAAACUUUACUGUCCCGAAUGAGCCCAGUGAGAGAAAACCCCACAAGCAAAACCAAAACCUCUACUUUGAGAAAUUCAAAAAGCUCAAAUCUUUGAAUCCGAAACAGUAUCUAACCCACAAUCCAACAUCGUCAUUCGCGAAAUUCUUAAAAUCCAAGUACUUUCAACUUGUUCACGCCAAGAUGGAGUGUUCCUUGUUUGGGAAUUUGAACCAGAGGAAGCAAGUGAACUCUGGGGGGUUCCCAGAUUCUGCUUUCUUCACUUCGUUCGCUGAGAUGGCGAAGCGUGUCUGGGACCUACAUUUUCUGGCAUUGUCGUUUGAUGAUGAAGUGAGCAUCUUUCAGGUGAAGAAGAACAGUAGAUUCUCUGAGGUGUACAUGGAAUGUGUUAAUGUCGCCGAAUCGGAAUCAGUUUCAGAGUCAGGCAGUGAAGAAGCCGGUGCUGGCUCCGGUGGUGCCGGUGAGCUUCGGGUGAGUUUCACGAUUGUUCCCGGAUUCAAGAUGGAUAAAACGGUGGUACAGAGUCAGGUUUAUCUGUCACCGCCGGCGGGCUUACCGGCGACCCGAUAGCGUUUUUGUUUUUCUUGAGGUUGCUCUGCCUGUACAUUUUACAUUAUUAUUAUUAUAACACGCUUCAUUAUCCUAAAAUUUCAAUUAUAGUAAUAUACGUCGUAUAUUGUGUUUUGGGUAUUAGCAUGAAAAGGCGUUUGUUGGAAUUCUUCCCCCCUGAAAUUGAGACUUUCAAUCAGUUUCGGAAGCA